AAUACCAUCGGAUUUUAAAGCAUAAUUUAAAAUCCCAAUUGAAUACCACCAGAUUUUGUACAUAAUUUAAAAUCUCAAUUGAAUACCUCACGAUUUUAAUGGAUUUCAAACAAAUACCCUCGGAUUUGAUGAAUGCAAAAAAAUGAUUUAAAAUCCCAAUCCAAUACACCCCUCUAACUUAGAAGACUCUCGCGGCUGCUCUCACAUUAGAUGCGGAGAAAUCUCGUCUGAUGAGAUAGGAAACUUGAUGAUGAAUAUGCAUUGCCCAGAGAGUGUUUGAUGAAAGUCCCGUAAGAUAUAUUUUCUCCACCUGCUCAAUCCCUGGAUAGUGUCCCCGUGUCUCCGAUUUUUGAAGUUUCCAAGUUCUACACUCGGAUAUGUGUCAUGUUUGACACUCUAUACCCGAGUCUGAAUAACAUAGGUGAUGGUGACGGUGAAUUGGAGGAAGACACACGCCAAAAAGAAAGAGGAAGAAAAAGCUACGAAGAAAAUGGAGGGGAGAGAUAAUGAUAGAUUCACUGAUGAAAUGGUCGCCAGAAAAGAGAAAAGAGAUGGCUAGUCUUAAAAAAGAGAGGUGCAUUGGUGGCCGUAAUUUCAUAAGAUUUUGGAAUAUAUGUGUGUACUAGUUUCUAUUUAUAAUAAUUUUUGUUUAAUCGUUUGAGCGUGCGCGUGCACACAGUGACACAGGGUGCUCUUCAACAAAAAAUAACUUAAACUAGAAGUCACAAAUAGGUUUUACAAAAAUCCCAAAUAGGUGUUACAAAAGUCACUAAUCUGUAUCACAAAAAUCAAAAGAAUAAAUAAAUCAUCAAUGAUGGAGGUAUAUACAUUUUUAUACAACCACCUCCUACAUAGCCAUCAUCAAUCUUCGAUCUACUCCAAUCACCGGCAACACCACCGUUGUACCACCAUUUACUCUUUCUUUACCCAUUUAAACUUUGCUCCUUUCCACUUCCGAUCUUUCUCUCUCUUCUCUUCUCUUCAUAUUCAAUAUUUAUCUCAUCACCUUUGUUUAAUUUCUUUCUCUAUAUACUCUUUUCAUUUUUACCACAUCACCAACUACCAACCACUACAUGAUACAUCAUUACCUAAAAAAUAUUAUUUUAAUACAUUCUAAGUUUAAAAUUUUGUCACCAGUUUACCUUACAUAAACCAUUAAUAUGUAUUACAAAAAAGACUAAUAUUUAUUAUAAAGAUAAUUAGAAAUUAACAUUGAUACACAUGCGUAAAUGCACUGUUACACCAACACCUCCUUCCAUCAUCAAUUCAUUAACAGGUGAGAAAACUGAGUUUUGUCUUGCCAACUGCAAAAUAAGAAAAUUCGCCAUCACGACAACCUUGAGACCUUAAAACGAGUAUCCUUGUGACGAUAAUCUUGAAUAAUCCUUACAUUAUACACACCUUAAGUCCGAAUUUGGGCCCUACAACUUGUAAAAUUAGCGGAGAAGAUAGCGACGAUUAGACUUUGGUGGUGAACGAGGUUUGGAUGAUCAGAGAUCGAGGAGAGAGUCACAAGGGAGACAAGAUAGAUCUAAGAAUAGAAGAGAUAGUAGAUUUAAGAUUUAGAGUAUGUGAAGAGAAAGAAAGUUAAUGUGCAACAUUUGUGUGUAAUUUGUAUAUUUCAAAUUACUGUUGAUGGUUUUUUUUAAAAAAGAGCGACUGAGAUUUGUUUCUGCUUUCGACUAAAUCUAGUUUUUAUUCGGCAAAAGCCAAUAUAUAUUCUAACACUAUAAUUACUAACAUUGGGAUGAUUUGUAAUUGGGUUAGAUUAUUUUGGUCAUCUGUGAAUUACCUUUUUUCUCUUUAUUUUGAAAAACAUAUAGAAAAAAAAAUUAUAUGAAAACAAUGAGAGACAUACCAACAUUGCUCUUCUUGACUUUAACGUGUUCUAUUCCAAGACCAACAGGAAAUCAUUUUGUAAUUAUUCUUAACUCUAGCGUGUUUAACUCCAAAAUAAAGAUAAACCGGAAGCCAUCAUAUAAUUGAUGCAAGAUAAACAAUAUCAUUUUCCUUACAAAUGAAGAAAUAAGAUAUAUUAUAAAUAUGAUUUAACAGUAGUCAAAAAACAAAAGAAAGAGUAAAACUACCAUCAUUAACAAAGUAAUAUUAUGAAAACAUUAAUAGAAUGAUGAUAAAAAUGUAUAUUGUUUGCUACCCAUUUACAAUAUAAAAAAAUUUGUUAAAGUUAAAUCUCUAAGAGAAAAUAUAAUUAGUCGUUUAAAAAUAUUUAAUCAAACUUGAUACAUUAUGACAGAAUUCCUCAUGCAAAAAGGGGGAUCCAAUAAUACUAAAAGGUCUAAUUAUUAAAAUAUUAUUUUAUUGAAACUAAAAAUAUAUUAAUUUAAAUACAUUAAUAAGCCUAUUUAUUUAGAUCUAUUAUAAAAGAUCACCUCUAAACAAAAUUCAAUAUUAAAUAUAAAUAUGUACUCCCUCCGUUUCAAAUUACAUGUCCACUUUCUAAAAAUCACAUAGUUUAAGAAAAGUGGAUUUUGAGGAAAAAGAGUUGUAUUAAGUCAUUAAUUGAACAUGAUAUGUGGUAUAUGGUUGAUCUUGGAAAUAUAAAUUAGAAACAUGUGAAGGAGAGUUGAUUUUGGAAACAUAAAUUUACAUUGAAAGUUGAAGUAGACAAGUAUUAUGAAUUUAUUUUUUUUAAAGUGGACAUGUAUUUGAAACGGAGGGAGUACUAUAUUACUAAAAUUUAAUUUAGUUGGCCAUCUCAAAUUAAAAUUCUUUAAAUAUUAUAAUUUAGACACAUAUUUCGUGCCUAUUUAUUUUUAAAUAUGUUUCUGUGGGCUAAUUACUAAAACUUAUAUUAAUAGGCGUAAUGGAAACAUAUUUAUCAUAAUACGCCUCACAUUAGUAGGCCAUCAGUAAAUUUGAAACCUACCAUUUUGACACAAAUACAUCUCUAAAAUAAAAUUAAAUAUAAAUAAUGUUAAAGUCUAUACUAUACUAUUGUAGUAGAAAACAUUAAAACAGUUGUUUGGUGGAUUGGUGGGUAUGUGUGCCGAAUCAUGUUUUAUCCUGUUUUAAUGGGUCAACUAUGUUUGAAUUAAAGUACAUUUAAGGAUUAUAGUUUAAACACAUCUCUUGGGUCUAUUUAUUUUCUUUAAUGAUUAAUUCUAUUUUGACAGACCUAAUUACUAAACAUAUUUAUUAACAGGUUUGAUAAAAACAUAUUAAUCCAAAUACAUCUAUAAGCCUAUUAAUAAAUUCGUAGAAUAAAUUAUAUGCAAACAAACACAAUUAAAUAUUAUAAUACAAAUUAGAAGAGAACAAAUAUUAAAAUUUAUUAGUGCAUCGCAUAGACCUUAAGGUAGUGUAUAUGUGUGUGAACUGGUCGUUUAUUGUCACAAGUUCUCCUCGCAGGUCUGUGGAGAUUUUUUUGCCUCGGGAGUCUUAGGCCUUAAACCCCCCCCCCCCCCCCCCCAAAAAGGUGGGUCCACAUGACAAUAGUUUGCCGUUUAAAAGUAAGAAAAAUAUUUUAAAUAUUUAAAAAUAUAAAGAUUUAGUAACAGAUUCGGGCUAGGUUGAGGUGUCGACACGAUCAUUUUUAAUUUUUAAAGGAAAAGCCUUGGAAGGUGUAAAGUACGCGAUAUUUCUAAGAGCAACGUGUAUAAGUUCUCCUUUGUGUAUGCAUGACAGCAAUCGGAUUAGUAGAAAAAUUCAAAUAGGUCUCAUCAAUCUUCUCUAAACAGCAAGCUGUCAAUAUUGUCGCAAACUAAAUUUAUGCCUCCAUCCAUUCUUAUCUACAUCUUUCUCGAAUGGACAGCCUAUUGUCGUUAUUUGCAUGCGAAACAUUAGAUAAACAUUUCAUAUAUAUAUAUAUAUAUAUAUAUAUAUAUAUAUAUAUAUAUAUAUUCAUACUCAAGAGUAAAAGCAUACAUUGCACACACACACACACACACAGAGACACACACACACACACUUUGAGUGAAUUAGAAACAAUGGCACUGAUAGACAUAAGGCAUAUGAUGGCUGGUGUUCUUACAUUUGCAAUGUUCGUAAUGCUACUGAACAUGGUAAAAACAGACUAUUUUGACAUCCCAAGGGUAAGAUUUCAAUUUCUUGAUUUAACUCUGAGUUCUUCUUUGUUGAAUUGGAAUCAAUAGCGGUAAUUGAUGUGUAUUGAUGCUGCUUUAGUUUAAUUUUUACGCGAUUUCAAGUUGUGAAAGGCUGCUAAAAUAAUCUAGUAAAGAUCUUUUUAACUAGUUUAUUAAUUUUUCAUUAUUGGAUUUCCAUUAAUAUGAAUGUUAAAAUGAGGAAAACUAAGAAAUCAUGUUUUUCCAAUUUUUAAAAUAAAAUCUAGUUAAUGCGAAACGAAGUCGUUUUCUGGAAGACACUUUACCUUGUGCAUAUGCGUUUGAGGUCUUGAGCACAAUAUUCAUAUCUGUAUAAAAUUGUAGGCCUAAUACGGAACAGGUUGCAGUGCCAUACGUAUCAGCAUAGGCUAUUUCCCUGUUCAAUCUGUUUUCAGGCAUUUUUUAAAGUAGUGAAAUACACAUACUCAUAUACCUUCUAACUUUAAUUAAUACAAGUGAUGGGGAUCUAUUGUUGUAGCAGAUCUUUCCUUUUCCUCUGCAGACUGAAUUUUCAGGAGGGGAGAUUUAUGGUGUAGAGACUCCAAGUCUACACCAGACGGAACUCUUGGUUCUGCGUAAAUGGCUCAGGAAUGGAAUUUCUGAAGUCCUAAAGCCCUGUUGGACCAGGCCUCAUCGUAAAUUAGACCACGAGGAGAGGGACUUGGGUAAUUCGAGAGGUUACAUAUUUUUCUCAUUGACUGGUGGCCAUGAACAUCAUUUGUCUCAGGUUUCAAAUGCAAUUGUUGUAGCCAGACACCUUGGGGCUAUACUUGUGCUACCUGAUAUCAUCGAAAAAAGAUCAGGGGAUAGCAGGGAAUUUGGCGAAAUUUAUAAUGUCACCAAAUUUGUAACAAGCAUGAAAGGCAUUGUCAAAAUAGCAAUUACUCAGCCUCUUGGAGUAUCAACCAGACAGCUGACCCUUGUCAGAGUCCCAAGUGGAGUUUCAGAAGAGUAUAUUGCAUCAAAAGUGCAACCAAUUUAUAAAAAGAAAGGAAGUUUAAAGAUUGUGACUUACCUCUCCCCUUCACUCGUGACAAAGGGAGAAGGUAAUGACACGACUUCACUUUCAUGCUUAGCUAUGUUUGAGUCUCUUCAGUUAAAAGCUGAGUUGGAGAAAACUAUUCUUUCGAUGGUUGAGAUGCUUAGAAGUUCUGGCCAAAACUCAAGUAGUUUAUACAUUGCCGUGGACCUGAAAGAUGAGAAUUUUGGGAAUAAAGGGUGUCAAGGGAGCUUUAUUAAUGGAAGAAAAACUUGCUACACUGCCCACGAUAUCAUCCAAUUUUUAAAGAAAAUCAGAAUUGAAAGAGAGGCAACUAUAUAUCUGACUUUGGAUGGAUGGCAUGAUAGUCUCAACUCGUUGACAGAGAUUUACCCAAACGUACAUACAAAGGAGACCUUGGUACCAGCUGAUAAAGUAGUUCCCUUUUUGAGUCCAGAGACUUAUGUGUACAAAAAGAUCAUCGAUUACUAUAUAUGUUCCUCGAGUGAUAUUUAUAUCCCAGCCAAGUUUGAUCACUUCUACAUGACUGUGGUCGGCGAAAGAAUUGCGACAGGUGAAAGAAUUGUUCUUGAGCCUGCAGAAUCAGAUUCGAAGAAUGGCGCUGACUACAUAUCCCCAUACAUGUUGAGGAAGAGUCACUACGCUUACUCAUGCUUCUGUUGAGCGUUCUAUGGAAAUUUUCUAAAGAAACUUAGAAGUACACAAUCUACCUUUGUAUGACCAACUUGUAAAAAGAAGUCAUCAAUAUGUAAUAUUUUAAUAAAGGACGAGUGCAUACUGAACUAAGAAUGAUCAGUUGCAAUGAAUGAUCUGCAGAAAGUUAUUUUACAUCUAGUCGGUGUUUAAAAGGUACAUUUGAUGGUAUUAAAUCAGAAUCCCAGAAUCUUGGAUAUUGGAUGUUC